AAUAGUUGAUAAAUGUCAUAUUAAUUUAAGAAUUCUUAAUGGCAAGCUAGAAAAAAAGAGUUGAAAUCAAGACGUUAGUCAUAAUCAAGAAAAUUCAAUAAUAUCAAAGCCUAGGUCUAAAUAAAUAAUUCAGCAUUUAAUUGUAAAAAUAAUUAUGUAUUAGAUCUUUCAAUUGAGGCACCUCCGUCCCUGAAACCAGCUAAGAGAUAUUGCGAUGUAACUGGAUUUGAAGUAAUGAUAAAUCUAUGUUUUAGGCAAAAUAUAAAGAUCCUGUUACUCAAUUAUAUUAUUGUGAUUCAAUAGUUUUCAACUAUAUUAGAAAUUGCCCAAAGGCAAGCGCAGAGACUUAUUUAAAUAUCAGAGGGUGCACUUAAAAAUUGAUUUCAUGA